UUUCAAUGAAAUAGCGUGGCCAAUCAGUCUAUCUCGGAAAUGCUGCCUACUAGCCAGACCGUUAAUAAAAUUCAACAGGAUAAUGAAAUUGGAAACUCCUUUGAAGGCGUUGAAAAUACUGUCGAAGUCAAAAGUGACGAUAAUAAGUCAACGAGUUCAGAAGAAGGUCAUGACUCACAACCUGAGGACAAUCAAUUCGUUAAUAGUGAAACAAAUAAAAAAGAAGAACGAGAACAAGUGGAUCCAACGCUUAAUGGAGAAGUUGAAGUUAUUUACGAAAAAAUUGAUUCAUACAUGCGCAUCGUUAAGAAGACUACUCGUGAUAUGGUUCCAAAAGCAACUACUUUGUAUGUCAUUAAGGAGCUUCAAGAGUACAUCAACAACACGUUGCUAAUAGAGCUUCUUGCUCUCCCGACUGAUGUCAAUACAAAACUAUUCGCAUUAAGUUCAGUUGAGGCUGAGAAACAUAAAGAAAAAGAAAAAACGUACGAAGCAUGCAAAGAAGCGCUCGAAAUCAUUCGAGAUGUGUCAAUGGAAACAGGCAAUGGCACCAUAACUGAUAAUGGAUUCUGAAACAAUGACUUCAAUACGAAUGAUGAAGUUGGAGGUAACCACAUAUUAGAGAGUCGCAAAUUUUUGUCGUGACAUUGGAAAAAUGUUUUUAAAAUAUCAAUUAAGCAAACUGACCAACAUUCCAUAUUUUUCCAC